UGCUGAAUUCAGUCCAAUGCCAGGCUUUUUUGUUGGAUACUGUCACUCAAAUAUCGCCUACCAAGGAUCCAGCCCUUACCGAUAAGCAUUUUGAUAUUCUUAUGGAUUUGUUGAUGGAACAAAGACGUUCCCAAAGAAAGCAAGAUCAGGUUAUAGCACAAUUGAGUCAAGCUUUGUUGACACUUCAACAGGAAGUAUCUAAAAACCAAUUUCAAAAUGGAUCGGUCAAUAAUCGACUCCUAGAAUGCGAAAACAAAACCGAUAAACUGAAACGCGAACUAGAAACUGUGAAAGGAACCUUUGAAAUCAUGAAGAACGAAUAUAUGAUGGUUGUACAAAACUUAACCAACGUUGACACAAAAGCGAAUCAAAUAGACAAGGAGAUUGUGAUGUUAAAAAAUCUAAAGUCUGUUACAGAGUUACGAAAUAUUUCCGACAUUUUUAAUAAAACAGACCGGAAUGAACUAGAAAUUCAAAUGACAAAUCAUAGAAUGAACAAAGUUAUCAACGACGCUAAUGCAAGAAAACAAGAUGUUAUAGCUCUUUAUAACAAAGCAGAUUUAACAGAAAACAAUUUGGAUAAACAUUUGAAGGAGUUGGCUAACAGGGUUAUCCUUGUAGCAGGGGCAACAAGAGGAACUUAUGCAGACCAACAAACAAUACUAUUCCAUGACAUUAUCAUUUCAAAUGGUGUUCGAGACGUUGACUCUUUUAAAUCUACCGGGGCUUUUACAUGUGAAAGGGGUGGCAUGUAUCAAAUCGCUGCAUAUAUAGCAUCAAAUGCAAAUCAUUGUUCUUUUACAGUUCGCAAAAACAAAGCUUAUAUUGGUGAUGCAUUUGCAUCACUCGGUGAUUUCUUUGAAACAAUGACUUUUAUUUCUGUUGUUGAACUAAAAGUCAAUGACACCAUUGAAAUAUAUUCCGGUAGAACAGGUCAGCUUGUAUAUGGGAAUAGAGAAUCUGGAAUCUCAAUUGUACAAAUUCGGUAGC